AUUUCGUCCAUUUCGUAAACAAACUGUACUCAUUAAUUAAUGGAAUUUUUAUGUAAUUUAUUGGGGUUCCUUUAGAAAAUUGUGGUGCAAAAUGUUUAAGAUGAACCCGUUAACCGCUGAUUGCGAUAUCAGCACUCAGGAAGGCAUCGACGAAGCCUGCCGCAGGAUAUCGACCAAGGAGAAAGAAAUUGAUACCCGGCUGGAAGAUAUUUUGUCCCAACAAUGCCAGCUAGAGGGCAAAAUGAGAAACAUCGGACAUGCCUUGAGCAGCCUGUCCCUGGUAUCGGAUAAAAGCCGGAAACUGUCCGAUAUGAUUGGUCACACAGCUCAACUGGCUGAAAAUGUUAGCGCCAAGGUGCGCCGUCUAGAUGAAGCUCGAAGCCGGGUGUCGGAAUGCCAGCAACGUGUCCAUGACCUUAUCGAUCUGCAACUAUGCAGCCAGGGGGUUAUAACGGCCAUCAAGGAGGAAGAUUUUGAAAAAGGAGCAGCCCACGUCAAUCGGUUCCUAGCAAUGGACAAAAAUUUGCUGCAGAAAACUGCGGAUGAUGUGUCCGGUUCAAUAACUUCCGUUAGCAAGGCGGUUUCAACGCUCGAACAGGCGGCCACCCAAAUUAGGCAAGUCGUCAAUCAGAAGUUUGACGAAGCUGUCAGAAAAGAUGAUAUGGCAUCGGUAGAGCGAUUCUUCAAAAUAUUCCCUCUUUUGGGAAUGCACGAUCAGGGUUUGGAAAAGUUUAUGAUCUACAUUUGUUCCAAACUGCAAGCCAAGGCACAAAAAGAGCUACGCUCCUCGAUGGAUAUUGCUAAGGCCGAGAAGAGAACGACGGUUGCCUAUUCUGAUACCUUGACUGUGCAGCUGGAGAAUAUUGCUCGGGUUGUGGAAGUUAAUCAAGCCAUUAUAGAAAAUUGUUACGGCGCUGGGCGUUUGGUUCAGGUCGUUAAAAUUUUGCAGCGAGAAUGUGACGAUGAGGUGGUUAAAUUGGUACAGGAAUUCAACCGGAAUCGCCAGAUCGGUCGACGGGUUUCACAAAUCAAUGACUACAUAAAAAAUGCGGGCAACACCACUAUGGGUCAUUACCGAAAGGCUUCUGGCGGGGGCUCGGUUGAUAAGCUGAACGCCAAGGACAUUGAUGCCCUGAUUGGAGAAAUUACCAUCAUACAUUCGAGGGCAGAGCUGUACGUAAAGUUCAUUAAAAGGAGAUGUGCGAACGACUUGGAAAAAAGCUCCUUGGACCCAACACAGAGACAAGCAAAACUGGACGAGCUUAACGAAUUGAUUCAAAAAUCUCGUUUGAACACGCAAAUGCAAGAACUUCUCGGGACAUACCUGUUGUUCGAACGCUACUUCAUGGAGGAAAGCGUGCUGAAAGCUAUUGCCUUGGAUAAUCUGGAACAAGGUCAACAAUGCUCGAGCAUGCUGGACGAUGUAUUUUUCAUUAUUCGCAAAUGCAUACGACGCUCGAAUGGAACCCAAUCGUUGGACGGUGUUUGUGCUGUCAUCAAUAAUGCCGCUAGCUGUUUGGAGCAGGACUUUUUGAAUGCACUUAAAUCUACCCUGAAAGCUGGUUAUCCUUCUGGAUACAUGGAUUUAGCCCAAUCGGCAUUCCAAAGCUCGUUACAGCAAGGUCGUCUCCAAACCAGUGACGUAGAUCAGUCUCGGACUAAAUUUAUAACCGCCCUGAAUAAUGCCGACAUGUCUACGGAAUUCAUUGAAACCCUCUGGUCGAUGAUGGCCGAUGAGAUCAAGAUGAACUUUCCCUCUAUGACAUCUAGAGAAAAAGAGAAGCUCGACAGCUGUCUAUCUGGGUUAAAAUCUGUUGGCGAUUCUCUGAAAGCCCUUGUGGACUACGGUAUGCAACAACUGCGUGCCUCAGCAAUCAAACCUCGACUACAUCCUUGGGUCGAUCAGUUCAUUACCCACAACCACAAUAUGACUGAAGAAGAGCUCGCUAACUACGAAGCUGGUGAAACAUUCAUACAAUUUCUAAUCGUUCAAAUAGACGGUUUACUCACUAACUUCAGAACUUCCUUAACACCACGAAACUAUGACGCUUUGGUCAGCAUCGUGACCAGCGAAAUCACAACGCGUCUGGAGCGUGCUAUAAAGAAAUCCACCUUCAAUCGGUUGGGUGGCUUGGUGCUAGAUCAAGAAGUGCGGGCGCUGUCCUCAUUCCUCACUGGAGCAACUUCCUGGUCAGUCAGAGACAAACUAGCCAAACUGAUACAAAUGGCGACGAUUUUGAAUUUGGAGAGCGUCUCAGAGCUACCGGAAUAUUGGGAUUCCUCCUCGGCCACUUGGAGAUUGACGCCCACAGAGGUGCGAACAAUUUUAGCACUGAGGAUCGAUUUCCGGAUGGAGGACAUUAAAAAGUUAAAACUCUAGGUUGGGUAAGUAGAACACAGUGCUUGUUAUGUAUAUUCCAGAACUAAAUUCAUUAAUAUAUUUCGACCAUAUAAAGUUGA